CGCAUGGCGAGCGGAGUCAAUCCGCGGAGCUGCUGCGCGAGAGACUGGGAACUGCUUUCGAUUGUUGGCGGGCGCCGCCAUCUUGGUCAGUGAGCCUGCGAGUGGCCUGUACGUCUCCGUGGUGCGGAGUGGCUUCGUUGUGCGUAUUUCAGGCGGUCGUUUGCCGAACGGCGUAUUCCGUGCGCGCGUCUCUUCCCCGCGUGAACCUCUCGUUAUUCAUUUAACCAGUGAGAUCCGUACGCAUCCGAGAUGUCGGAACGGGAGGACAACGUUUACAAGGCGAAACUGGCCGAGCAAGCGGAACGCUACGACGAAAUGGUUGAGGCGAUGAAGAAAGUGGCUUCGCUGGACGUAGAACUUACCGUAGAAGAAAGGAAUCUUCUUUCGGUAGCAUACAAAAAUGUGAUCGGAGCAAGGAGAGCCUCCUGGAGAAUAAUCUCGAGCAUUGAGCAAAAGGAGGAAAACAAGGGUGCCGAAGGGAAACUAGAGAUGAUUCGCCAAUACCGAUCUCAAGUGGAAAAGGAGCUCAGGGAUAUUUGCGCCGAUAUUCUCGGUGUCUUGGAUAAGCACUUGAUACCAUGUGCUUCUACGGGAGAAUCUAAAGUCUUCUAUUAUAAAAUGAAAGGUGAUUACCAUCGUUAUUUGGCAGAAUUUGCCAUCGGUAACGAUAGAAAGGAAGCGGCGGAAAACUCCCUGGUGGCAUACAAAGCAGCGAGCGAUAUCGCCAUGACGGAACUACCGCCGACCCAUCCCAUUCGCUUGGGAUUAGCGCUCAACUUCUCCGUGUUCUAUUACGAGAUCCUCAAUAGCCCUGACAGAGCAUGCCGCUUGGCGAAGGCAGCCUUCGACGAUGCGAUCGCCGAACUGGACACGUUGUCUGAGGAGAGCUACAAAGAUUCUACCCUCAUAAUGCAACUCCUCAGGGACAACCUCACUCUAUGGACGUCGGAUAUGCAGGGAGACGGUGAAGCUGAACAAAAGGAGCAGCUGCAGGAUGUGGAAGACCAGGACGUAUCGUAACUCUAGCUGUAGUGAGUGUUAUCUUGCGCAUAUAAAACUGAGACACAAGAAAAAACUCUUAAAUAACUCGUAAGCAAAAGAAAAAAAAACCAAUUCAGCAGGUGGCAGUUCGGGGUGGGAAGGGGAGAUCUUUAGAAAUUUGCGUGACCCUUUAAAAAAAGCACGCACUGUAUGGUUACUUCAAAACAAAGCAGCAGCAGCAGCAGCAGCAGCAACAGUGACAACAAAAUACAACAACAGCAACAUUAAUAAAUAAAUCAUUUAGUUCAUCCGGCAUUAUAUUACGUACACAUACAUACAAUUGAGUUACAGAACAUGCAAAAAGUAACGAGACAAAAGGGCACGCACUCUGCGGUAAAUAGAGAGACUGCAAAGCAUUUAGGAGAAAGGCACUUUUCUGUUGCCCCGUUUUUGCGUAUCGAGAGAAAACGUCGUAUUUGCACUUUGUAUGCGUUCGAUAAAUGUGCAAACGACGUCGAGAACGUCGAGCCGAUGUCGAUGCCGGCGCCGGUCGAUUUAAUCUCGGCAAUUCAGAUUUUGAUUUCCGUCACAGUGAGAACGAAUUGUAUCUCCUAUGUUUUACAGUGAAAGAGGAACAAAAAGGAUUGCCCGAUGUCAUAUCAGAAUAUAUUUACAUGACUGUCUAUUCUUAUCUCCAUCUGGAGUUCUCUUCCAAUUUCCUCCUUUUCGUUCCUCGCUUUUUUUUUAUUAUGUGCACGAUAUUUUAUUCCACGCGUCCUGUAAUUAUUACGUGUUUAUUAGCGUUUAAAUUGAUUUAUUUCGAAGACAAUUUGCACCUCUCUCUCUCUCUCUCUCUCUCUACGGAAAUAACGGCGGCGCCUUCAUUGUCAGUUGUCAAGACGGAUCUCGCUCUCGAGCUUGUAUCCUAUAAAAGAUAUGUACUUCCAACAAGAUCCGAUACAAUUGUAAUGUUAUAGAUAGCCGAAAAGAAAAAUUUUUAAAUGCAUGGAUUCUUGGCAUAGCCGAGCUGAGGAGAAGAGAAUGUGCUUACUUCGAUUGCCCCCUUCUCCCCCUUUCCCACCCUCUGUACCUCGUCAAAUGCAAUAACGCCUGAUUUUGUGAGCUUUCGAAUGGAGACCGCGUCGCGAAGGAGCCCUGUAAUAUGAGCGAGAAGCGAUAAAACGUAUCAUCGAAAUUCUCUGACGGCGAUCUCUCGAUUUUCGGUUCUUUUACGCAUCUCUUCCGAGGCGAAUGCGUCCCAUCGCGUCAGCUCGAUGAGCAGCGUCGUGAUAAAAAAAAAAGUGAAAAAAAGAAAACGAAAGAAGGGGAAAAAUGAAAAAGAUUACGUUAUCGUAGGUGAGCCUUUUUAGCGCGUUACGUUACUCACAGCAAAUAAAAUAACUAUCUAGCUAGUCUGUAAUGUGGUUGUACGUUUUCAUACGCCCGUUGUGUAAACUAAAUAUCGAUUGCUGUGGUAUAAGAACAGAAUAAAUGACUGUACCCCGA